UCACCAGUUUAGGCGCCAAAACAAUAUUAAGGGCAUUAAACAAAUUGUAUUUUACAAUAUCGUAGUAAAAUGGAAUUCCGCCUUAAGAAACGUCCGCGACAUGAAGUCAAAGUGGAGGUGGUCAGCCUGGAGACCAAAUAUCCACACAACGUUAUGAUGUACCAUUAUCCGCCAAUGGAUGACGUGCAUCUAGAGGAAUUCGAAGAGCUAGCACUGGAGCGCCUGCGCCUUCUUCGUGUCCUUGACCGCGCAAGUAGCAGGAAUCUUCGAUUGCUCUCCGAUGAGUGGAAGGAGUAUGUUAGUGCAGAAUUGACCCGUGAAGGAUUGCGCAACUAUCUGAGACUUUGCACCGCCGGCGGAGGCACUAAACACGAGGCAGAUAUUCAAACCCGACGACGUGAUUAUAUUUCACACUUUAUCCUGCGGCUGGCAUACUGCCGUUCCGAUGAUCUUACACGCUGGUUCGUGGCCCGCGAAAUGGAUUUAUUUCGAUACAAAUUCGCUGCACUCAGCAGCUCUGAGGUGAAGCAGUUCUUGGAGGCCAAUAACUUUGAUGUACAACCCCUUACUGAGGCUCAAAAGGACGAGGUUAAGAAUGGUCUGUACGAGAGCACAGCGGGUCAGAGUGUAGCCAAGAUCGAGCUGUUAGACUUCUACAAGGUACCGUUCACCCAGGUUUUGGAUCUAGUGCGGAGUCGACGGUGCUAUUUGAAAGCAGGAUUUGCCUAUGUGAACACCCAAGAUUUGGUAUUUAUAGUGGGUACUCGGCAACAGACGGAAAUCGAACAAGGACUGCAGUCAGCCAAAAGCAUGUUGGCGGACGUAGAGGGUGACGAGCGCAUAUCCCGCAUGCUAAAAGCCCUGCAUAACUCAUACACCGGUAAGGAUUACACAGUGUGCCGAGAUGCAGCUAUACCCAUCGAGUCCCUCGACCAGCUCUCCAAGACUUCAAUGCCUUUGUGUAUGCGCAUGUGUCAUGAGCACAUUCGCGCUCACCAUCAUAUGAAGCACAACGGUCGUAUGCAGUAUGGCCUGUUUCUUAAGGGGAUUGGUGUGACUCUGGAGGAUUCCUUACGAUUCUGGCGCGAGGAGUUCACGAAGAAAAUAGACGCGGACAAGUUCGCAAAGAGUUACGAGUACAAUAUAUACCACAACUACGGAAAGAAGGGAUCUAUGGUCAACUAUACCCCCUACUCCUGCGGAAAGAUCAUCAAGGAUAUGGUUGCGCCAGGAGAUUGCCACGGCUGUCCGUAUAAGUACAUGGAUCAGGGCUCUUUAAAAACCAAGCUAUCCUCUUACGGCCUAUCUGCUAGCGCAAUCGAAGAGGUUAUGUUCUUCGUGUCCCGCGGUCAUUAUCAAAUUGGCUGCGGCAAAUACUUUCAGAUCACCCACAACUCCGCUGUGGAGCCGACCAUUAGUCAUCCAAACAGCUACUUUGAAGAGAGCCAAAUAACGAUGGGAAAUAGGCAGAAGCGCACCAACGGACCCUCUCAGCCUAAAGCCAGAAUACGGCCGGAUAUCAAGGGUUGUGGAGAUCGUUCUAUGUUGAUGGGAAAUGACGACGAUGAGUUGUGGCGAAUUGCAGAAACCCAAGAGCGCGCCAUGCAGAGUCAAAAGGACAUAUCAGAGGCCUUUAAUGAUGACCUUGAUCUUACGCAAAUUGAUUGCUGAUCGUUGUACCAACAAAUAUCUAAGAUAAUUAGGAUAACGCAGAAAAUAGGAAGUAAAAUAUAAAAUAAAUAUAUAAA